ACUAGAACCGAUUCGGGGUUUUUUUUUUUUCCCCAUGUAACCGGCAUGUAAAUACCAUUUUGUCACGCUUUGCAUAGAUAACGCUAUCUUUCGUCUAAUGUUAGGAACACCUCGCAUAGAUGUGUCCGACCACUGCAGCACUUUAACAUUAGUGGAAAGCUUGCUUGCUAGUGGCUGGAGCGCUCGUCUCCUGAUAUGAAAUUGUGUGAAUUGAUCUGCUGAGAUGCUGUCCACCGGUCCAGAGCUGCGGCUGCUGCGCCUUUUGUCUUACUUAACUCUUGUCUUACUUUGUCAAGUUACUGACGCCAAGAAGGAUUUAAAAAGCUCCUGCAACACCUGCCGGCAAAUCACCGAGAACUUCAACAAGGGCUUCGAGAAAACAGCAAACCAGAACUUUGGAGGAGGAAACACAGCCUGGGAGGAGAGGAAAUUGUCUAAAUAUGAGACGAGCGAGAUUCGGCUGAUGGAGAUCGUGGAGGGGCUGUGCGACAGCAGCAGCUUUGAGUGCAACCACAUGGUUGAGGAGCACGAGGAGCAUUUCGAGACUUGGUGGUUCAAGAGGAAAACGAAACAUCCCGAUCUGCACAAGUGGUUCUGCAUAGAGACCAUCAAAGUGUGCUGUCCAAAGGGAACAUUUGGACCCGACUGCAAUGCCUGUGUGGGGGGUUCUGAGCGACCCUGUCACGGGAAUGGUGCGUGCGAUGGAGACGGGACCCGUGGGGGAAACGGGAAGUGCAGCUGCCACCACGGUUAUACAGGCGAGUUCUGCCUAGACUGCAUCGACGGCUACUUCAACGAAGUGAGGAACGACAGCUUUUCUCUGUGCACAGAAUGUCACUCCUCUUGCAAGACCUGCACUGGAGCAACCAAUCAGGACUGUGACGAGUGCAAGGAAGGCUGGGAGGAAGACGACCAGAAAGCUUGUGUAGAUGUAAAUGAGUGCUCCAAAGACCCUGUUCCAUGCAAAGAAGAUCAGUACUGCCUCAACACAGAAGGCUCCUACUCUUGCAAGGCCUGUGAUAAAGUGUGCUCCGGCUGCACUGGAGCCGGUCCCGAUAACUGCCAGGCUUGUGCCAGCGGGUACCAAGACACAGAGGGAACCUGCACAGAUGUGAAUGAGUGUUCUCAGUCAGAGCCAGUGUGCGCAAAAGAGCACCAGGAGUGUGUUAACAAUCAAGGCAGUUACACGUGCAUCUGCUCUGAAGGCUACGAGGAGCGAGAUGGGGAGUGUGUGCAAACACAACAGCCAGAUACAGCCGAGGAGUCGGAAGCAUCUGAGGCAACCGCGAGUCCGCACGGAGAGCUUUGAUGUCACAAACGGGGACCAGGAUUAACAAACUGUUGACAUUGCUGCACAUUCGAAGCCCCUCCUUCAUAAAACUGUCAACCACAUGCACUUAAUGAAACAACGAGAGCCGAGAGGACGUCUAUUUCCAGCAGAGGAUGAUGAACAGAGAAAAAAAAACAAAGAGACCUUUUACGCUCUCACCAUGCUGGAUGUUGCUUUUCUCUAGUGUGCUCAGACUUGUUGUCUUUGUCUUAUAUGGUUUUAAAAAGCAACAAUGUUUCAAUAAAGAUUCAUUAUGUGAAGUUUAUCAAAAACUGACCGACGUCAUCGGAAUGUGGAUGCUUUCAGCUUUGGGAUUUUUUGUGUAUGUUGCAGCAAUCAUGCAUGACCACAGGAUGGCAGUAUAGUCUUAUGAAA